AUGGUGGAAGAGCGCUUAUUGUCCUGUCCCACAUCGUCAUUUGAAUAUGCUGAUGUAACGAAUGCAGUGGGUGAAGAGAAGAAGCCCUCGGCAGUUAACAACUACCUGCAUACGCUUCGAAUCAAUGAUUGUGCGACGAUGACUUUGUUUGACACCUUGGUGAAGCUUCUUACUGACUCUCUGCUAAAUUGCACAAAUGCGGCUGAAAUACCUCAUGCCAGCGAAUUUUUAUCUCAUCUGCCGACAUCCUUCGUCUUCGGAUUGGUCUUGGCUACCAUAGUAAGUAUGGCCACUGCGGCACUUGGUGUUCUUCACAUCCUGUACAUCUCUGUAUACAUCACACAGUCAGAUAGGCGACUGUUUAUUCUGUUCUUAGCAAGCACAGCACCGUUCGUCUCUUUACUUUCUCUGGUCGCCAUGUAUAUGCCUCGGGUAUGGUUCUUGUCUCAUCUGAUUAGCUUUCUGUAUUUUUCCAUCGCACUUUGGGUCAUCAUCUGUCUUCUCAUGCAGAUUUUCGAAGGACAUCACUCGUUAGUCAGUAAAAUGAGUGAACAUCUUCAGCACAUUGAAGUCGCUACGCCACCAUUUUGUUGUGUAUUUCCGUGUUUACCAAAGAUUCAGCUUGAAAGCAGAAAAGUUCGUAUCUGUGAGUGGAUGGUUCUACAAGCUCCUUGUGUUCGUCUUUUUGCAACGCUAGCAAGUCUAGUGAUUUACUUCGAGUACCAAGACAAAGGAUUGAUACCAUUAAAAGUUCUGGACUUCAUAACUUUACCUUCGCUUCUGGCUGGUAUAUAUGGUACCCACAUUUUAGUGACUACAGUGUCACGAUUGGAUGAACUGAUUUCGUACCGCUACAUCGUAGUUUUUCGUAUUCUGGACUUAUUCUUCAUGUUCUUUGGGCUGCAACAACCAGUGUUUGACUUUUUGGCACGAUACGGUGCAUUUGGAUGUGGGACGGUCUUGCCGGCUAUAGAAACAUCUUUCUUCUGGAAGAACUUCUUUACUGUGAUCGAAUCAUUCUUUGUGACACUGAUAUCGACGAUACUACUUCAACCAUCCAAGUCAUCGUUCUUCGACAAACAUCCGAGUUGUCGUUCUAUCACAUCGUCCCGUAACAGCCACACAAAUGAGACGCCUAUUUAAAUAAGCACUAUCCUAUACAAAUGCCUUUGUUUGUUCGAAUCAAAUGCAAUUUCCAGCAUUUCCUUUCAGUCCUUAGUUUUAACUCUUCUUAUACCAGUGUUAUGUCACCAAUAAGCUGAGAUAUGUCAGAGCUUAUUGAUUUUCUUACGUUUGUUGAGUAUCUCCGAGGUUUCCUUAAUAUUAUUUUCGUAGUUGUGCUUCCCUAUCUGAUGACUCAAUGGUAUCCUUCCGCAGGUUUGUGAGGAAUUUCGCUAGUCAAGUGUCUUUUGAUUUCCGAUCAAAUAUGGUCUUUUGUACCCGAAAUGAUUUUGUUCAUCGGCCAUAAAUUAAAACUCCAUUUCCUUUAUUGUGGGUACAAAUCACCCCCCCCCCCCCUCUCCCUCCCGCUCCGCCCUUCUUGGAUGGUGUUGUAAGUUCUCUAACCUAAAUGGCCUUCUGCAGUGCGGUGACUGGUGUCCCACUCCCAGUUGCCACAUUUUUACACUGCGGGGUACUGAUAAACAUGUUUUUGGUCCACAUGAAAAAUUGUCUGAAAUAUCGAUCGCGGCGACAACAGA